AUGCCCAAACAAGACACCCCCAACGGCGACAGCCCCCUGCCAACAGCCCCAGAUGUCAACGAAAUCUCCAACCGCAUCGCCCUCGCCAUAUCUAAACGCCAAACCUUGUUCUCCGCUCUCACCAAGCACCACCACCGACCCACCUCAUCACCAUCACCAUCACCAGUAACAACUGCCCCCAACAACAACAACAACAACAACAAACCCAACGGUUUCUCCUCCCUCACCACCACCAACGGCACCAACGGCACCAACGGCACCAACGGCACCAACGGCAUCAACGGCACCAACGGCACAACCAACGGCCCAACCCCCACCGACGCCACCGACCUCCGCCUCACAGACUCAGACCUCCUCUACCGAGACGCCAUCCCCAACGCCGGAAUCGGCUUUUUCCCUGCCCCAUCCCCCUCCUCCUCUAAAUCCCCUUCCCCCUUUGGAGAAACCUCAAGAGGGGAAACCCCAACAGCAGAGGAUAAAGAAACGACGCUGUUGAGACGUAAAGUCCUAGGGCGGAAUGCAGCGCGGCAGGUUGCUGAGCGGGGGGGGGCGG